AUGUAUUCAAAUGACACACUAUCAAAGAGUUGAAACUCUGGACGUCUAGAAGACUCCCACACAAGGCCAACUGGCAUCUCUCUGACUCCUAAAAGAUCCAGUAAGCGAUCUGUAACAGCGAAACAAUCCAAAACCCCUGAACCUCUCUCAUCCCGUCCUAGAUCCGGAAAGGUCCAAACAAAGUACUUAAACCCUAACCUAUAUGGCAAUUCUUUGCAAGACAAUGAAAACUCUCAAGGAUCUCCAACAAACGUAACAAAAGCCACUACUUUUUUGCACAUUUUAAAAACAAUGCAAAAAUUCAAAUUAGGGCCAGGCCAAUAUUACUAUGAUUUAAGCACACUAGGUGGCCCUUCAUUUCAUUUUUCGUCUGAAAAAAGGUGACCGAAAAUUGAUCAUUUGAUAUCUCGGCCAAGACUGAAUUUUGAUGAUGCAAAAAGAAGGCAAGAAAUUUAUCAUGAUAAUAAAAAUGUUAGAAAAUAUUCCCCUAAUGAAAGAAUGAAAGCUAUAAAAAAAAAAGCAAGCCUAGAAGCAGCUAAAAUUGUGGGAAUCAAAGAGAAAAAACAAAUGAUUUAUAAUACCACGAAAUCGGAAAGACUACUUAGGCUGAAAGAUAAAGAAAGAAGAUAUGAGUGAAAUAGAAAGAAAUUUGAAUUAGCCAAAAUUUCAGAAACGUGGAUUGCUAUCGAUGUAAUUGUUGGGUUUGCAUCAAUUGCAAGAAUAAAAAUGAAGCUUAAAUAUAAACUGCAUCUUAGGUCGGCAAAAUUGCUAAAGAAACUGUAUGUUAUUUGUGUAUGCUAUGGAAGACUAAAAAGGAAGCUUCAUAAAAUUAGGGUUAAACGCGCUUUAAAUGUUUUGAGAAGAAUGGUGAUACCGAUGAAAAAAUGGCUGAUGAUAAGACGUAAAAAAUUAGCUGAAAAAAUUGUUGACAUAAGCGAAUGAGCCAUAACAGGCGACAAAAUUUUUAGCCUCAUGCACGCUUUUAUACGAAUAAUUACAUUUAUACAGCGAAAAAUUAGAAAAAUCCUCAAAAGAAAACAUUUUUCUUUAGCUGUAAAAAAGUUAUUGUGGAAUAAAGUUGAAUAUAAAAUGUAUAUAGAGCAUUGUGUCAAAAAAUACACCCUUCCACAGUCAGAAUUAUGGAAAAAAAUAAAUUAUGAGGCAAUACAAGGACAUUCUUCUAUUCCUGAUAGCAUAAAAGACAUUGUUAUAAAGAAAGUCUUGAAGAUGAGGAUGCAAGAAUAUAGAAAAAAAUUAAGGGAAUAUAAAGAAGAAUGUAAAAAAAUAUCAGAAGAAUACGAAGAAACACAUUAUAAAAUUUUGGGAAAAGUAGCUGAUGGUGGACCGAUUUAUCCACUUCAUCCUGUGCCGCAUUAUAUUAUAUCUGAGUCAGAAUACAGGAUCUUGAUAAAUGAGACUCUACAAAAAAGACUUGAGUGGGAACCUCUUGUCAGAAAAAAUACAAGAAGGAGCUUGUUGAGACUUAAUACCAUUAUAAAGCCUCAAUUUAAUUAA